AUUGAUAUGGUGAGCUUACAUGAUCGCCCGCUGCUGAAAUAUUUGUGUGAACAAAACCCUAGUCGGCUUCAGCUCCUCUACGAAUCCCCAGUGGCUGCAUACGUUGUUUUUCGAUUUUUACCUUCUCUGUCGCAACAGUGUUUAUUAAAAGGAUUGUGGCAGAAAAUCGAUUGUUCUCAGAGCUGGUGGUACAAAAGUGCAGCGACAAAAAAUCAAAGCCUCAUAGAAAAUCACUUUUCUUUGCUGAAAAAGCUUGCAUUAUUAGAUGAGGAUGGAUUGAUUAAUGUACGGAAUGUUUUGACUCAUGAAUUCCUUCGUUUAGGGAAUGAACUUUACAACUCGGCAUUUCGGAAUUCUUAUCUAAUGGCACUUUAUACCGGUAGUUAUCGAUCUUCUGAGCUCCAAGCAGUAACUGAAUUGGACGAAAAGAGCCGCAAAGCAACUAGUAAAGAUCUUGGAAAAAAGGCUUUGGAACGUUGGGAAUGCAUUCUGCAUUACGUUGCAUUGCCGUCUCAGAAAAGUGAAAAAGGAGUUAGUAGUACAACAAAGCAACUGUUCAAGACCGCUGGUUUAACUAGUGGGGGAGAUGGGGAAGGCAACCUGGAAAUAACGUCAACCGGUUUUCAAUUUUUACUACUAAACAGAACUGAACAGAUAUGGACAUAUUUAUUACAUUACUUUCGUAUGGAAGAAUCACUAAGUAAAGAUGUGUUACAAGAACUUAUACUUUUAUUUAGACUAAUGUUAUGUAUUGGAAGUACGUCUUCUUUCGGGAAAACUAUUGGGACUGAAGCUGAAAAAGAAAAGUUGCGACCAGUGCCACGUGCAUUUGUAAUCAAUGAAAAUUGGUCGGAAGAUUUAAAAAGUUUCUUCAUGCAUUUAAGAGAACUUGGACUAAUUUUUAUUAGGAAACGAAAAGACGGGUUUGAAUUUUACAUGGCUUUUUAUAAGAAUUAUCAGUACUUUUUUAUAACCCCGCUGUUCAAAAACCUUACGGCUGCUAGCACUUCUGCAGAAACCUCUGGUGAAAAGCAGGGCAAUAAUGGUUAUAUAAUUGUGGAAACGAACUACAGGGUGUAUGCUUAUACAGAUUCGAGUCUUCAACUAGCAAUUCUUUCAACGUUUACUGAAAUGCUCCAUCGGUUUGAGGAUAUGUCAGUUGGAAUCAUCUCUCGCGAUGCCGUACGUCGUGCGCUACAGGUUGGGAUUACAGCAUCUCAGAUUAUAUCUUUCCUCCGUGCGAAUGCUCAUCCAGUAUCUGUAGCGGCCUCUGCAGCCUCCGGAGGUGUAACACAAGCUGUUCCCGUAACAGUCGUCGAUCAAAUCCGUUUGUGGGAAGAUGAACGUAGGCGUCUGACAUUCACAGACGCAGUCAUAUAUUCCAGUUUCGAAUCAGAAAAGGAAUAUAAUGGUGUUAAAGAUUACGCUAAAACAGAAGGCAAUCUUAAACUGAUUUCUCUCGUUGUUCAUCAUUUACAUACUCUUUUAAUCAUUAAUAAGUGGCGUUUUCGCGGGAUACUUAGUCAUGAUUUUCUUUCCUGGAGCCAGAUUUGGCAGGGGUUCCAUCAUGAAGUUUCAGGUAUUCUCUUGUGGAAAGAUGAUGUGCAGCGUCUUAUAGUAGUUGUCGACAGCGGACACGACAAAGUAAAGGCGUGGUGGAAAGCAAAUAAAGCUUUAGUUUCUUAG